AUGCUAGCAUUUGGUAUGGUAACAACAUUAUAUGGAGGAUCUUUACGUUUUACAACACUAUUAUUAUACGCCAUUGGAUUUAUUUUCUUAUUCACGGCGGGUGGUGUAACAGGUAUAGUAUUAGCUAAUGCAUCUUUAGAUAUUGCAUUCCACGAUAAAAAAUUAAAAAAUAAAUUAAAUAAUAUUAAAUCAAAUAAUUUAAUAAAUGAUCUUGAAUAUAUUAAAAUAUUUUGA